ACUGACGAUACAAAGGACAAUGCACAGUGUAUAUCCUGAUGACAUUUUGUAUGCUGUGACAUGGGUUUUGCCAUGGCAUCUGAGACUGAAAAGGCCCAUGCUCUUCUCCAAACUUUCAGCACAGCUUCAGUUAUUUCUAGUCUAGGUUUGGGAAUAUUCUGCUUUGUAGCAGACAGACUUCUGCAGUUUUCUUUCAUUCAGCAAAAUGACUGGCUCCGAGCCUUCUCUGAUAAUGCAGUGCAUGGUAUACUAGGAGUGUGGUCCUGGGCAAUAGUGAUUGGACUCAGGAAGAAAAGUGACUUCACUGAAGUCACUCUGGCUGGCUUCCUCGCCUCUGUCAUUGAUGUGGACCACUUUUUUCUUGCUGGCUCCCUGUCGUUAAAGGCUGCUCUGACUCUUCCACAGAGACCACUUCUUCAUUGUUCUACUGUGAUUCCUGUUGUGGCUCUGACAUUAAAGUUUAUUAUGCACCUUUUCAGGCUUAAGGAUUCAUGGUGCUUUCUUCCCUGGAUGUUGUUCCUAUCCUGGACUUCUCAUCACGUCCGUGACGGGAUUCGUCACGGCCUCUGGAUCUGCCCAUUUGGAAAAACUCCUCCUUUGCCAUAUUGGCUGUAUGUGGCAAUUACAGCAUCUUUACCUCAUCUAUGUUCUUUUAUUAUGUAUUUAACAGGCACAAGAGAAUUAAUGUCUAUAAAACACGGAAUCCGCAUUGAUGUAUAAGAAUGAUGGCUCUUAAAGGUUGUUUGUAUUAGCAUUGAAGUAAGCUGUCUGUUUAUCACUGAAGUGGUUUCCUUAUGGUUUCCUUACGACUUCCGAGUUAGGCAUUUGAAGCCUGUGGAGCCAGUUACAGCUCCUGUGUCAGUUCUGUGUGGUCACAGAAACCUAUUUCAUGAAUGGUAAUAGUUUUAUAUCUAUGCAUUCCCCUUGUAAAAUGUGUGGUCUUCCAUUAUAGUUCAUGCAUAGCUGGCUGAUUUAUAAAGUACUUAGUCUCUCUCUGUAGUAAUUACAUUACAUUUUACUGUCAUGGUACCGUUCAUCUGAUCACCAUUCGCUUUGGAUUUGUAUUCUACCCUUAGGUAAUACAUUUCAUCUAGAUAGCAUUUGUAUAGCACUUAAAAAAUGUAAAGUACUAUAUA